AUGUUUGGUAAAUUUGAUCAAAGUUACGAAUGAUAUUUUUAAUAUGCAAUGAUUUUGACUCCUACAUAAAAGGAUAAAAUUUUGUGAUUGGAUAUUGGAACGAUUUCCGGCUUUAAGUCAUCACUAAUUAUUUGUUGCCAGUUUUUUACGCAAGUUAAUUGGGUGUGUAUAUACUGUGACGUCAUAAAUCUAAACAAAUUGUUGAAUGUUUAUAUAGUGACCGUUGGUCAUAUCACAGGUCAUAUUGAGUAUUCAUAUUUAAGCAUUUCCCCUGGACAGGAACAUUGAAGGAGUAACAUCACGUCGGAAAAUAUCAGUUAAAGGUAUGUGCGCGUCUAUUUUAAAUUUCACUACCAUACACGUCUAGUCCAGGUUGAAAAUACCUUUAGCACUUAUCUGGUAUGUUUGAAAUGGUUCAAAAUCAUCAAAUGGCAUGCACUAUUAUCUUAUGUACGCCUUUUCGAGGUUCGCGUCGCCAUCUUGCCUGCAUGGUAGGGCAAACACAGAGCAACAAUACCAUCACCCUCACGAGACAAUGUUUGUACUUUGAAAGAACUUGGAAACUUCGAGAGAAAUUUUAUGAAGUGAAGUACAACGGAUUGAUCUAUAUUAUGUAUAUAUUAUAUUCUGAAAUACGAUGAACAUGCAUUUGGCGGCUUUCUGUUGAUAGUGAAUAAAUCAAUUUUCCAUUUCGCUCCGCAAGAUGGGAUUGAGUGACUCAGUUUUAAUUUGUAACUGUCAAAUCGUAAAAUCUGUAUAAUAUCGAAUAUUCUGUAUUUGAGGUAAUGUAUGUGUCAUCAUUACAUUUACAUACAAUGCGUGUUUUAGACCACGAAAUGUCUGAGAGAGUUCGAUCGACACCAAAAUAUACUAUAGCUCAGUUAAUAACCUUCCCUUCACCCUAGACUAAGCUUGUCAGGCGACGAUCAUUUUCUUGGUGCAUACAUAUUUGUAUUUAUUUCACAUCCGCUUGGGGGAUGUUUAUUGACCCGUAGCAAAACCCAUAAUUAAGGGACCCCAUAAUUGGAGAUUAUCUCUGUGGCUAGUCCCUGUCCGAAUUGUAUGUAAAUUUUGUAAAGUAUUAGUUUUAUUUAUGUCUGUUAUGUUUGGCGAAUCUUCAGUAAAAAUAAUUAAAAAAAAAUAAAAAACCAGAUAUAGUACUUACAGUGCCCUGGAACAUGUAUGAAUAAAUUUAAGGCUUGAUUCCGAAACCAACAGACUAACAAACCAACGAGUGAGAUUAGCAAACUAACACACUACCUAACUACCUACCUAACUACCUAACUACCUACCUAACUACCUACCUAACUAACUAACUAACUAACUAACUAACUAACUAACUACCUAACUAACUAACUAACUAACUAACUAACUAACUAACUAACUAACUAACUAACUAACUAACUAACUAACUAACUAACUAACUAACUAACUAACUAACUAACUAACUGACUAACUAAGUAACUAAGUAACUAACUAUCUAACUAACAAUUAAAUAACUAACUAACUAACUUACUAACUAACCAAUACACUAACAAACUAACAGACUAACAAACUCACGCAGCCAAUAUAAAGUGAUGCCUAACUUCCCCUAGCAGCUGGGCACCGCAAUUUGCUUCUCUAAUGAAGGAAGCUAGUGGAGUUCCCCUUCUGGAGUAGCGGCUUAAUUACCAUACACAAGAUAUGCAUCUGCGUUUCGGCUUUCGAUGUAAUCAUUGAUAUGGAUGCCGGUGCGUACAAUGCGGGUGCACAGAUGAUUUAACACAAACAGAUUUACAGAUUACUUACGAAACAUAAAAUUCCUUGUGUCUGCAUUGAUGUUUUUGUGUUUGAUUUUAUAUUUCGUCUUAAGAAAAAAACCUUUUGAUAACAAAUUGCUCUCGAUGCCCUUAGCAAAUUCCGGCAUCCUUGACAUGUUCACGUGACUUCAUUAAAAUUUUAAAAAAUUACUAUUUAUUCUUUUUACAGGUUCAGUUCAAAGUAAUCAGAGAUGUUUCAAGCUACGUUCGUACUGGCAAUCAUAUUUCUGGUCCACCUUGAUCUAUCUUCUGCAAGACAGAUAUCGACCAGCUUUAAUAAACAACAAGGUACAACAAUGAACUGACAAAGCGUAUUAAUAGUUAUACACACAUGUCUGUUUUACUGUUUAUGAUAAAUAUAUCAUUUUGUAUCGAUAUAGAAACAUCGGAUGAACUUGCAGUAACUCACCUCAGACAAAAACGUAAGUGCUUAACUUUAUAAAAGAUUUGUUAUAUUCUCUGCUGUGGAAUUUCCUGAGUGUACUGUUUGAAAGUACCAUUUAUCCCAUGCAAAAGAUCGGUAUAUUUUCAGUUGUAUAUUCAGUGUUCCUCGCGGAUACUCAAUUUGCCUUUUUCAAAAGUUCUGAAGUGCGUAAAAACAAGCGAAAAAUUCAGUUGAUCGGAUAACAAAACAAUCUUCAAUAUGAACAUUGAACAACACUUACUUCACUACAUGACUCGUGAGGUAUCUAUGGGUGAAAAUUGAAAACUUUCUUCAAUCAUGUUGCCAAUAUUCCUCACGACCCCAAGAUCUCACCCAACUUGAGUUAUCACAUUUCAGUCCCCCACAAAACGGAACUCAUCUAAAUUAAUUAUUAUGUGUUCAUUGCAAUGACCAACUAAUUAUAAUACAGUAGUUUGAUCACCUUGACAUCUCUGAGACUUCAAUUUGUGAAAUACGCAACAAAAAGCUGCUGUGACAGCAUCAGCAUUGGAGUUUGAACACAAAUUAUGCUUCAAUGUAUAUAUCACAGUGCAAACAACAAAUUUAUGCAUAACUCGUUCCUAUUUUCAUGAAUUCGUUGCUUGCAUGAUACAGUUACCCUCGGUUCGUCUUUAAACGCCGAUGCUGAAAAUUUGGUGACCAAAAUCAAUUUGGUGACUCAAAUCAAAGCAGCUUUUUGUUGGGUAUUCAUAGGCGUAUGGGGCUGAUGCUUUCCAGGGGGGCAGUUGAAAGUUUGCCCGAACUUUUAUGGAGGAUUGUAAUGAUAGAAAUUACCUGAAUUUAACGUAUUUUCUGAUAAAUCUGUCCGAAUUCUCUUGAUUUUUCCUAGCAAAAUUAGGGGGGGAGGUUGCCCCCCCCUGUCUCGUACGCCUAUGUGCGUAUUUCACAAAAUGAAGUCUCAGAGAUGUCAAUGUCAUCAAACUACUCGAUUUUUAUGAGGCGUAUGCACCUCCGAGGUUUACUAGAACAGUAUAGAUUUUCAAUUAGAACAGUAAAUUUUUACUAAGUCUGGGCAGGUGCUUGCAUGGUUCUUCGAGUCCCGCUUGCGCCUCGCCCAUUUAGGGUCUCCGAAUAAUUGACUUUAUAAUUAGACUUUGUACAUAUACUGUAAUGGACCCUAAUAAAGACAAUAAUAAUAAUAAUAAUAAUAAUAAUAAUAAUAAUAAUAAUAAUAAUAAUAACUACUGUAUUAUAAUUACUUGCUCGUUGCAAUGAAUACAUAAUUAAUUUAGAUGGGUUCUGGUUUUUGUGUGACACCCUGUGUAUCCCUUAGCCUGAUUGACGAACACUUGUCAUUUUCAGGAGGAUUAUUUAGUGCGAUCAGUGCAGGAUUAACCAUUGCGUCCUGGAGUAGCUAUGGUGUGAGUUUAAGUUCGAGUGUGUAUCACGCGAUCAGAAGAUGUGAAGAUUAUCGUCCUAAACCAUGUAAACAUCCAACAUGCCAGUACAUCUCUCCCUGUCCUCACUUUCUUUGUCAAAGUUCCGAGAAAAAUAAAGACUAUGUGGAUCAAAGCAAAGUGAAGAUGAAGGCGGCACUGGAUGAAAUAGACUCCUUGGUAUUGCACGGUAAAGUAGAUUGAUUUCUUAUUUGUUAGCUAAUGAUAGCUUGUAUUUCUUUUAUUUCCUACAAUCUGAAUGGCUGCGUGAGCGGACGGCUUUUUCCAUAUAUCUUGAUUGUGCUCCAAAGAGUUAUUUUUGAGCGAUAAAUUUUAGUUUCCAAAAUUUAGUUUCCAAAAAUACCACUUAGUUUACGAAGUGGUAUUUUAAACAUAAACUGAAGUAGACUGAAUUAACUGACUUCUCUGGGUUUUGUUUAAAGCCCGAAAUGUACUUUUCCACGACCAAAAUGCGAAAAGCAAAUAUUUUUUGAUAUUAACAUUAUCGAAAAAGCAGUGGUCAGUGAUUUGAUUCAAAUGCUCAGCAUAUUUUAUACCUGCAUGGUUCCCGUAAAUUUCUUUUUCAUGUUGUUUUACUUCAGCACUCCAACUCGAGGUUGAUGGGAAAAACGCCAACAUAAACAAUGAACGAAUAUUAAACUACAUCAAUACAAUUAAUGGAAAUCUCGAUAGACUUGUGAGUGGCAUAGUCAGUGUGGAUGGCGGUCUUUCUGAGGAAUUCAAGAAAAAGUCAUUGGAAAUUUUGGUGAGGUUAAUUCCUGGUUCACACUAGUGGGAUAAGCAUAUAAAGCAGGAAUACAAAAGGAAAUUAUGCCUUUGCCUUCGGGACUUGCAAAAAAAGCGGGCAUAAUUUUCUUUUGCAUCGUUUCUUAUGCUUCGAGGUUUCCUGUGCUUAUGCCGCUUGGUUCACCAACCUCGUUCCCAGGCUCUUACCUCUUGUGGAGUAAAGACCCUGGUAGAAGUUGGUCAUGUGAUCUGCUAAAAUCUAACUGAGUUUUAAUUAAUUGAUGAUGAUGUUGAGUCUGAAAAGCGAAGCCAGCUUCGUGUUAACCGCGCAGACAAAAACAAUAGCAAGGGACUGGAACUGACGUCCAAUAGCUCCUUCCAUUUUCGUCAUCUUGGCAAGGAGUGCGCCGAAAUUUCAUAUUUUGGCUUUGAUUUAAGGACUAAUAUUAUGAUUUUACUGUAUCAACUGAAUGCUUGACUGGGGAUACUGUCCGCUAGAAAAAACUGGAUUUAGCUGGGGAAAAUGGUAUAAAAAACUGUUUACGACCUUCAGAGAAAGGUCAUUAAUGGCUGCCAUCUUGGCUCAUUGAAAUAAAUAUAACUGGAACGCUACCUCCAACCGGAAAUUUGAAGUCAAACUUGAAGGCCAGUCCCAGUCUUUUCAUGCAUGCGAAGAACGCUGAAUGACCUGAAUCAGCCAAUCAUGAAACACGCGUGUCUGGGGGUCAAGAUUUGGCUUCAAGAUAAAGCAGUUUAUCUGAAGGUAGCGUUGCAGUUAUAUUCAUUUCAAUGUCUUAGCUUUCCUUUUCUCAUCGGUCAAAUGACUGAAGCUUUUGUUCCAGUUAUAUAUAGAGCUCACUGUAUUGGCUUCAUUUUUGCUGACGUGAUGAGCGAUGUCGACAGAGAAAAUUCGCUUCGCAAAAACAAAUUCGCUUCGUGGGAAACAGGCGCCAGUGAGAAGUAGUGGUAGCUGUAGUCAAAUGUGCACCAUUCUGUUUGGUUCACUGCCAAUUAAUGUUUCUAUAGUUUAUAUAUAAUCUUUUGUUCUUUUACAGUAAGUAAUAUCUAUCAAAUUGAAUCUUCUUUUGCAGAAAAUGGUGCAGGAUAAAAGAACAACAGUAGAUCAAAUUGUUGCAAGUCCUACCAUGAAGGGGAUUUUUGAUGAGUGGACGUGGGAUGGUACAGGUCGUUUUGUAUUUUCAGUGGCAUUGACUGUUGGAUAUGGUAUAUAUCUGCCACUCAAAGAAAGAUAUGCUAUCAACAAGGUAUCACUAUAUUUCUAAUGUGUUUGUUGUUUUGCCAUAAAUUGUUGAUCAUGAUUCAUUUCCGUGGAAAGCUCUGCUAUCGUAAGAUCUUACUUGACUCGUAGGGGCGUGGUUGCUACGGGCGAACUUUCUUUGAUAAAAGGUAAUGAAAUUUGUGUGGAGCAUAUUAUAAUCUGUUCAAAGAGUUUGCUCAAAGGAUAAUUGAUUCACUGCAAGUUUUGCCAUAAAAGGAACUUGCUGAAGAGCCAGUUUCGUAUACUUUAGCUUCUUCUAAAUGAUCUAUCCUCUGGCUCAAAUGUUGCACAGUUAUUUAUCCCAGUGUAAUCCUAGUAUUCCUUAUAGAAAGUUUCAAUAUUUUGUGAACAUAUUUCUUAUUUUCUUUAUUUCUUGUAGCUUUAUAAAGAGAUGAGAGCAGACUUUCAAAAUAAAUUUGAAGCUCAAAGAACCGCAGCCAACCCCCAUGGGCUCGCCCAACCAAAAAUCCACAAUAAAUUUGCGUAUGUUCAAGGAUUUACAACGAAGCAAAUUCAGAGUCAAAUUAAAAGUGCAGCAAAAGCUAUACAUAAAUCAAACAAAGCUCAUCAAACUCAAGGAUUUGUCUCCAAAGCAGUCGGACCAAUUGUAAAUGGUCUGUACACAG